ACGGAACAGCAAGGACACACAAGAGCAGUGGGCUCGCGACAUUUGACAAGCUUCUGUACAUAUUUCGUUACGUUGGAACGAAAGGAUGAGAGUGACAGGUGUGCUGCGGAUCCUGGCCGUGCUGUUCACCUUGGCAACAACUUGGCUUUUUGUCAACACCUAUUUCAACCGCACUGGCAUGAAAUCCAUCAGCCUGAGGAGCUGGCUGGGUAGCGGAGUGAAGCCAACCAAAGGGCACACUCUCCGGCAUAAAUGCGGCAACCAAAGACCGUGCCCCAGCCAUAGUUUCGCCUUCAAAAUCACUAGCGGUGCAGCCAAUGUCGUCGGACCUUCCAUGUGCUUCGACAACGUUAAAGUGUUAAGCAGCAUAAAAAAUAACGUUGGUCGGGGUUUAAACAUUGCACUUGUCAAUGGAAGCAGUGGACAGCUUCUCAAGACAGCUGCCUUUGACAUGUAUUCUGGAGAUGUCCAGAAGCUCUUGGAUUUCCUGAAAACAAUUAGCACAGGUACCAUCGUGCUCGUAGCUUCCUAUGAUGACCCAGCGACAAAGCUGAACGAUGAAGCACGGAAGUUGUUUGCUGAACUGGGAAGCAGCUACGCUACCAAGCUGGGCUUUCGAGACAACUGGGUGUUUCUUGGAGGGAAGGGGCUCAAAAACCAAAGCCCCUUUGAGCAGCACUUGAAAAAUGAUAAGGAGACAAACAAGUAUGACGGCUGGCCUGAGCUUCUGGAAAUGGAGGGCUGUGUACCUAAGAAGCUGGAAUGACAAUGAGCUAAAUUCAGAACAGCUCCCAGUGGCUCCCAGCUGACCGACUUUUCACUUUGCCUCAGAUAUGGUGGAACCAAUUCGAUCAGACUCUGCCCUCUGCCCUGUGGGGUUUUGAACACAGAGCGCUAUCUACUACCAUGCUUCAU